AUGACCACAAAAUUGCCGGAAAGCCGAGACCUGACCCGCAUUGAGCGGAUCGGCGCUCAUUCACACAUCAGGGGCUUAGGAGUGGACGAGUUGUUGCAACCAAAAGAG